CUCGAGGAAACAUCGUAGUGAGGUUGAGUAGUGCUAGCUAAACUGACACUGCUAAACACAGAGUAGCCUUGCAGAGGGUAUUUCAGGAUAUUCACGUAGUUCUAUUAAUAAGAAAAUCGGUUUCCAUACACAGCAACGUCCGAGGAGAGUAUGGACAAGACAAAGAUAGCAACAUGCACCGCUCCUGUGAAUAUAGCGGUCAUAAAAUACUGGGGAAAGAGAGAUGAAGAAUUAAUCCUACCCAUCAAUUCUUCUCUGAGUGUCACACUGCAUCAAGACCAGCUGAAAACAACCACGACAGUCGCAACCAGCAGAUCAUUUCAAGAAGAUCGAAUAUGGCUCAAUGGCAAAGAGGAGGAUAUAACCCAUCCUAGACUACAGUCCUGCCUGAGAGAGAUUCGACGAUUAGCAAGGAAGAGACGUAAUGACAGUGACCCUAGUUUGGAUUUGUCUCACAAAGUCCACAUCUGCUCUGUUAACAACUUCCCCACUGCUGCUGGUCUCGCCUCCUCAGCAGCUGGAUUCGCUUGUCUUGUGUACACUCUGGCCCGGGUGUUCGGUGUAGAGGGGGAGUUGUCUGGCAUAGCUCGACAGGGCUCAGGAAGCGCAUGUCGGAGUAUGUAUGGAGGGUUUGUCCAGUGGAUCAUGGGGCAGAAAGACGAUGGCAAGGACAGUAUAGCCCAGCAGGUGGAGCCAGAGACUCACUGGCCUGAGCUCAGAAUCCUUGUGCUUGUGGCCAGUGCUGAGAGAAAGCCAGUGGGCAGCACCUCUGGGAUGCAAACCAGUGUACAAACGAGCUGUCUUUUAAAGCACCGAGCUGAGUGUGUUGUUCCAGGCCGGAUGGUAGAGAUGAUUGAGGCGGUGCGAAGAAGGGACUUUGCUGGGUUUGCUGAACUAACCAUGAAGGACAGUAACCAGUUCCAUGCCACCUGCCUUGACACAUACCCUCCCAUCUUCUACCUCAACAGUGUGUCUCAACAGGUCAUCAAUUUGGUACAUCGGUAUAACAGACACUACGGGGAGACAAGGGUGACCUACACAUUUGAUGCAGGACCCAAUGCCGUGAUCUUUAUUCUGCAGCAGCAUGUUCCUGAGUUUGUGCAGGUGGUUCAACACUUCUUCCCCCCAGAGACCAACGGAGGACAGUUCAUUAAGGGUCUUCCAGUAAAGAGUGCCUCUCUUUCCGGGGAGCUGAAACAGGCUAUUGGUUUGGAGCCAAUGCCAAAGGGAAUAAGCUACAUUAUUAGUACAAAGGCUGGACCAGGCCCUCGUGUUGUAGAGGAUCCAGCUCAGCAUCUGCUUGGAUCUGAUGGUUUGCCCAAGGAAACUGUCUGAUGCCUUGAAGCUCUGAACGAACGAGAUCAAAUGUGCAUUUUUUUAUUUUUUUUUACAAAGGUUUUUACAAAUCACAGCCACAACAGACACCUUCUGCUCUAUUCUCCUUUAAUUAUCCAACUGGUGUGUCUCUCAUCUCUUUAUCACUUGAUAUUCUUGCAUGUACUUGGAGUACAUUUCUCUGGCAGAAACCUUUUUAUAUUUGGCAGCCUCGCUACGGUUGAAAGUAAAAAACAACCAUAAGAAUCCCAAUUUGCAUACAAACCCUGAUCUCAGUGCAAUGAAAAGCCAGAGUAAAAGACCUGGUUCUGAAAUGUCUCAGUGAAGAGAGCAACAGAAAAGUACCUAAAAGGACAAACUGAGUCAUAAAUACAGUUGAUCCUCAGCUCUCUGACUUGAAGGAAGGUACAAUAAUUAUUUUUACCUAAGUAUGUUUUCAUUUUUCAUCUCAUGAAACCUCAUGUCAGACUGAAAAGCACACUCAUAAUUGAUGUGAAUUUUAUUCUGUGAUAUUAAAUAUAUUUUAGUCAAUGUGAUUGUU